UUACCAAUCUUCAAUUUGAGAACAGAAACGAAAUAGAAAGAAGAGAGAGAAAAUGGGCGUUGUGAUUAUCGAUGGCUCUACGAUUCGAUCUUUCGUAGAAGACGAAGCAGAGUUUACAAAGAGCAUGAACGAGACGUUCACAUCGCUAGAUCUUAACGGCGACGGCGUUCUUUCCAGAUCUGAGAUGAGGAAAUCGUUUGAAUCAUUGCGGUUACUUGAAACGCACUUUGGCGUCGACGUUUCAACACCUCCUGAUGAACUUACGAAGCUAUACGAUUCAAUUUUCGAGAAAUUUGAUUGCGAUCAUAGCGGUACUGUCGAUCGCGAUGAAUUUAAGAACGAGAUGAAGAAAAUUAUACUUGCUAUAGCUGAAGAUCUUGGAUCGUCACCGAUACAGAUGGCUUUGGAGGAUGAUGAUCAGAGUUUCCUUAAACAAGCUGCGGAUCUUGAGGCGUCAAAGAAUGCAUGAUUUUGAAUUGAGGUUUGUGUUCUUAAUCAAUCGAUUGCUUGAUCAGAUCUUGUAUUUUCUACUUCUGAAAAUAAUUUCUAAUUUGCUAUAAUCUUAG